GUGGUGUCGGUCAUUAAACACGCCGCGGUGCAGACUGUGCAGUCCACAACCGAACAAGAUCAGUCAUUAACCGGUCGGCGUCGUGUUCGGACGUGUUUCUGAAUCGCUUUUAGUCGAACGUGGAUCGAUGCCAAUACGUUUUACUAUUUUCGGAUCUAAGAAAUCAAAUUUAAGGUCAAUAUGAAGCCAGGAUGGUUAGCAUGGGAGUGUAUAGUGUUCGCUAUGUUUGUGUGUUCAACCUCCUGCGCCCCGCUGUGGCGUAGGCGAAGAGAUGCUGCGGCCGGUGGCAGUGCCAAGAGAGCAUACAUCUUCGCGGGCACCGGAGUGUCAACUUUAGCUAUGAUACUAUCGGUGGCUAGAGGAACGCUAGGGGUUCGAUCGUUUUUAGGGUUUCCGUCGGAGCAAGUAUACCGAGGGUCAGCUAUGUGGGAAACGCUUUUUGGCAUGGUGCUAGCGUUUCCCAUAGUUUGCUGGAUCUUCGUCCCGGUCUAUUACAGGCUAUCAACUAAUUCCGUUUAUGAAUAUUUGGAGAUGCGUUUCGGUUCGAUUUGGGUUCGGCGCAUAGCCGCAGCAACUUUUCUCCUCCGGCAAGUUUUGAAUCUGGCCGUGACGGUCUACACUCCAACAGUGGCCCUUCAUGCUGUACUGGCACUACCACACUGGGCGUCAGCAGCUGCACUGACCGUCGUUAGCAUCGUUUUCAAUUUACUCGGCGGGCUUGCAGCUGCUAUUAGAGCUGAUGUCAUUCAGACUUUGACCAUGAUACUCGUGAGUGGAGCUUUCAUAGUUCAAGCGACAGUGAAAGCUGGUGGUCCGGCAACGGUGUUUAAUGGCAAUCUAGAAGGCGGGAGACUUAAGUUUUUCCAAUUCACGUGGGACCCGACCGUUAGAGUGGACACACUAUCCGCCAUUAUCGGGCAGCUAUUCAUGUCCAUAUCCAUCUAUGGAUGCCAGCAGACUUUUGUCCAGCGUUACUGCUCCAUGUCCAGCGAAUCCAGGGUCAAGAAAACUCUCCUGGCCAACGUUCCUGCCGUUUCGGUGCUCUUCAGUUUGUCUUGGAUCGUAGGCAUGGCGCUAUAUGCUGUGUACAAAUACUGUGAUCCACUGGCCACAAGCAAAAUUUCGGCCCCCGAUGAAAUCCUGCCAUUUUACGUACAAGACCAAUUUGGUUUUCUACCAGGGAUGUUGGGACUGUUUCUGGGCAGUCUUUUCAAUGGCGCUUUGAGUUUCCUGGUAUCAAACGUUAAUUCCUUAUCCACAGUCACAUGGGAGGAUUUUGUAUCCGCUGCUCCGUCUUUUAAAGGAAUCAGUGAUAAGCAACAGCUUACUAUCAUUAAAAUCAUUGGGGUAAUCUAUUCGAUCGUCAUAAUGUGCUUGUCUCUCUGCGUGGGCAUGGCUGGUGGCGUAGUCGAAGGCUCCCUACUAGUGACGUCAGCCACGUCCGGAGCACUCUUAGGAGUGUUUGUCCUGGCAGCUCUGUGUCCGGCUGCUAACGGUACGGGCGCGGUAUGGGGAAUGAUCGCUUCGCACAUUAUAACGACCUGGAUGGCUGUUGGAAGGCUCUUGUAUGUGAAAAAGAAUAUAGCCAUGCUGCCUACUUCGGUCGAGGGCUGCACGAACACAACGCUCAAUUACCUGAGUCGGCCCGUGGGCAUCAACCAGACCCUGGCCAAACUAGCACCCCUGCUCCAAUCUAUGAACAUCAGCCUAACAGAAAUACGUCCACCGGAAUCGUUCAUUAUGUCCAACCUUCACAAGAUGUAUUCAAUCUCGUAUAUGUGGUACGCUGUUAUCGGCACAGUCACCUGCGUGACGAUAGGCGUGAUCAUCAGCCUCCUGACUUGGAAGGAAACGGACAGAUACGACGAGAAGCUCCUACACCCGCUUGUAGCGAAACUGAGCAGGAAACUACCGGGCAGGAUUCGUACGUUACCGAUCGAGAAGUCUAAUAUAGAGGUGAAAGAGGACAAGGAAAGUUCAGAGAAGACUGACCAGACUGUAGUGGAUGCGAAGCCUACGGUUUUCGCCACUACCAGCAGCAGACUGUUUGAGGCUUACGAAGUCAGAAGAUCGCCUUCUCCUGCUCGGACGCGUUUAUGAUCCUCGUUAAAUACAGCUUUAAAAUUUGCAUUGUAAGAUCUUGCUUGAUAAUAGCAGGAUAUUGGAAUAUGUUUAAAGUCAUAUAUAUAUUAUGUACUUGAAUGUUUUUAGGAGUACAUUUAUAUACGUUAGCAAUUUAUUGACAUAGUAUAUAUUAUACUUAAAUAGUAUUGACUGCUGGACCGCCAAAGUCGUGGGUUCGAUGUUUAAUAUCUUUAUAUGUUUAUAUUUAAGCGUAUAUUCUAAACUAAGUCCCAAACUAAGGUUCCCAUAUCACUACAUAGCAUAAAACAAAGUCGCUUUCUCUGUCCCUAUAUCUGUCCCUAUGUAUGCUUAAAUCUUUAAAACUACGCAACGGAUUUUGAUGCGGUUUUUUUUAAUAGAUAGAGUGAUUGAAGAGAAAGGUUUAUAUGUAUAAUAAGAUCCAUUAAAUAGUUGAGAAAUACUGUUAUUUUUGAGGUUUCUAAUGUGAUGUCGUAAAUAAUCAAUAAUAAAAUUUCUUGUUUCCGAAGCGAAGCGAAGGCGGGUCGCUAGUUAUAGUAUAUAGUAUAGUAUAUCCCAUUCCCAUAGUAUAUCCCAUUCCCAUAAUAUAGGAAAUCUUAGUUUAUCCCAAGCUCCCAAAAUUAAAUACACUAUUCCCAUAGUACAGGGAAUCUUAGUUUGGGGACAGAUGAUCAUGUUUGUUUCCGUAUAUUAAUUAAUUAAUAAAGGUGAUAUAGCCUCCUCAUGGGCAGAAUUAAGGAGACGAUAAACGUAAAGACAGAGGGAAGUGAUGAAGUAGUGUAUUGAAAUAAGUUAAGCUUAAGUUAACGUAAGUUUUGAAGCCAAAGCACGACUUUUAUUAGAUGUCUCAUUGUUUACAUAAUAUGUAGGUGUCAUACUUGAUCUAGGUCUACGGCUAGUGAUCGAAAUUUGACCGUAUUCACUGAUACCACAAAGCUUAGAUUCGUUUGAUAUUUCAUUUUCUGAUUUCCCACUGUUUUUUUUUUUUAAUAUUGCGUUAAAAUACUUAUUAAUAACAUUAAAACUUUGAAAUAUUCAUGAAAUAGAGAAAAUUAAAUCGUUUAACAAACAAAGGAGAACAUGGUAUCAAAUUAUUUUGUUUUUGUCUAUAUACAACUAGCAACAACAUUAUUUCUCGACUAAAGGCAUGAGGUAUUAUCAUUGUUUUAAAAAGUCCUUUAAAAGAACCUGUGCUUAGAUUUUCUGGGGUUCGGUUUUCAGUAAUCAUUCUACCAACUGCUUAAAAAUAUCCUUAAAUGUUGUAGCGGUAAUUAGACUCAUAGAGCAGAAGAUAUUUUGUAGAUAACCUUGUAUAAUAUAUGUAUAUAUAUGUUCUGAACGGUAACAUUAGAACUGUCUGUUCACAUAACUAAAUGUAACUACAGAAAAUACAUUUUAAUUUACUGAAACUAUCCUUGCAUUUGUUCGUCAAAUAGUGACUUUUUGACUAUUAUUUUUUAUUGUUGCUUGCAGACGAUACGGUCCACAUAAUGGUAGGUUGUAUCUGUCACUUGAGAACAUCAGCCAUGUCAGGGGCACAGCCAAGCCACCAGGCUCUGAGGGCUCUCCUCAAGCCUCGUUUGAAGAAGGACAUGACAUAGUGCUGGGACAAACUUUAUUUAAUCUAAAUAAUAUUACUACUAUUAAAUAAGAUUAGAUACUAAGUGUAUUUCGUAAAGACAAACUUAAUUUAUAUUUCCAAUAUUGUAAGGGUACUUGUAUGUAGAAAAAAUAUAUUAUUUUUGUAUAUAAUUAUAUAAGCGAAGUGAAAUAAAUACGAUUUAAAUUGAA